AUGGCUACUGAGGCCUUGGAGCCGCUGCGAGGCCUGCUUCACCGUGUGCGAGGCGCCGUGUCGGUUGUCUCGAGGUCAAAGACGGGCGAGAGCAGCGGCCUGCAAAUUGUGCGAAACCCCGAGCAUGUAGAGAUUGACAUCGUGGCUGUCCAUGGCCUUGGCGGCGAGGGCUUCCGCUCAUGGACGACCACGGCGGAGCCCAAGGCGAGACCCAAAGCAUGGCUUCAGGAACUGCUCGCCAAGGAUAUUCCCAACUCGCGCAUCAUGACGUAUGGCUACGUCUCCGAUGGCGUCAACUACCGCUACCUCGUGCGAAACGUCCUCUACGGCCGCGCUCUCGACAUGGUUAAGGAGCUGGGCGCCCAGCGUAGUCGCGACGGCACCGCGCGCCGCCCGCUCUUCUUCAUCGCCCACAGCCUCGGCGGCUGGAUCGUCAAGCGCGCCCUCAUCAUUUCCAGCGAGGCCAUCGACCCGCAGCUCAAAGACAUCGAGUUGUCCACGUGCGGCGUCGCCUUUUUCGGGACCUUGUCGCCCGGCCGUCCGUCGUCGCCCUCGCCCCUCGCCAAUGUCAUCAGGCGCACCACGUCCGGGCUCGAAACAGACCCGAGGAGUUCGCGCAGUUCGCGCAGCUCGCGGAGUUUCACAAUGGAGCCGCAACCCAGCGAUAUCGAGUGGCUCGAAAACCAAAUGGAGGCGUUCAAGGCCAUCACGGCCAACCUCCCCAGGUUGUCAUUCCAUGAGACAAAGAAGUCCAGCGACGGCUUUAUUGUGGACAAGCGGCAUUCCAUGCAAGGGUCUGACGGCGUCCAGAUUGGCUUGACGGCAACCCACUCUGAUUUAGUCAAGUUUCAAGGACGAGAUUCCAACUAUAAGACGUUCAUUGCUAGGUUUCGCGAAUUGAUUGACAAGGGCCGAACUUCUGACCUAAUGGAAGCAAAACGGAAACCUUUUGAUUUGGCAGCAGUCCAUCAUCUGGAAUACAUGUCCGCUGGAUUUGCCAUCCCCUACAAACUCCCCUCCGAGCCAAGUAUCAUCGUGCCACGGGAGGAUCUGAUCGAAAGCCUGGAAGCAAUCCUUAAUCCUCCCAUCGAACCCCACAAGUUGCAUUUUGCCAUCGCAAACCUACUGGGCCUUCCAGGAACCGGCAAGACGACCUUAGCCAGGCACUUUGCCGAGAAGCACAAGGAUGACAUCUCCUUCGUCUUCUGGAUCUGGGCCGAAAGCUGGGAGACUGUGGUUGCGAGUUACCUCGAGUUUGCCAACGCUCUGGUUUCGCAUUACACGAAAGAUGCGCCAAGAAGCCAAGUCGAGAAUGACCUCGGCCUUACUGGUGUCGAAGACAUGCUCAAAGUUAAGAGCAUACUGCAACUAGAUACGUUACGAGUCAAGUCGGUGGUUCGAGCCGUUAAGGACUGGCUUCUCCGGCCAGAGAACGACAAGUGGCUGCUCAUUUUUGACAACGUGGAGCCAUCAUACGACAUAUUUGAUUUCAUUCCUCUAACCCUCUCGGGACAGAUCAUAUUGACGUCCAGGGACAUUAAUUGUUGUGCGUGGGGGACGAAGCUCCAUAUAGACUCUAUGAGCGAUGACCAAGGAGUCAAGUUGAUAGGUUCGGUGGUAGGAGAUUACGCAUUAGAGGAACCAGAACAAGUCGAGGCUGCUCUGCGGAUCGUACAGAGUCUGCAGCAUCACCCACAGAGUAUCGCCAUGACGGCGUCAACGAUCCGGCAGACAAACUCUACCGUGGCAGACUACGAGCGAAAUAUGGAGUCAAGGGUGCCGUUGCACCUUCUGGGAUCGACCAUUGACCAGUCGCCUGUCACGAAGACUAUUCUUCGGAUAAGCGCGAUGCUCUCGUCUUCUUUUAUUCCCGUUGCGCUGUUCUGUGCCACGUCUCAGCUGAAGACGGCACCUGACAGGUUUAUUGGCGCCUUUAAAGAGAUGAAUGCAUUCCAGGAUCUGAGCCAUGUGGGCGACGUUCUCCAGCAUCUCCUGGACGAAAACUUUAUCCAAGCACUGUCUCCGUCCGAGUCCCCGGAUUCAUCCCAUAACUCAUCUUCUGCAUCCUCUCCCUCCUUCGGCUACUUUAUGCUCGACACCGCUGCUCGAGACCAUGUUCGUGAUUCUCUCACGGAAUCCGAACAAAUAGACAACGCAUGGCUGGCCUGCAACGUCUGUGUCGACGGCAUUCGUCAAAAGGAGGUCGACUCAUCGAGAUUGCCAGAGAUCCACGACUUUGGGAGAAUCAUGGCCCCUCAUGCAAAGACGUGCUAUGACGAUUGGUCCAGCGUGCUAAAGGGGGUUCCGGACGAUGAUGACGUCGCAUGGCAGGUACUGGGCAACACGUGUAUGACACAGGGAGCUCUAGACCAAGCAAUCGGAUGCUUCGAACUGGCCUUGAAGCACAAGGAUAACAUGGGCUCAAUCGAAAGAAUACAGACCUCACUUUCUCUGGCAGCGCUUCUCCAGCAGGCCAAUGAGGUGCAGCGGAGCCAAGAGGUCCUGGCUAACAUUAACAUUGCUUCCAUCGACAGCGCUCUUGGCUUCCGCGUCGCCAUGGCCAAAGCCUCUGUAGCCGCGGCGCAAGGCGAGCUCGAUCGCGCGGAAGAUCAGUAUGAGACCCUCGAACAGCAACAGGAGGAAGCCCUCGGGCCUACGGACCUUACAACAGUCGGAACAGUUCAGAAGCUCGCAGCCACACUGGAGCGCCUAGGCAAGAUGGAAGAAGCCCAGGCACUAUACCGCCGCGUCUACAUUUCAUACCAGAACCUCUUCGGUCAGAGCCAUCCGAUGACGCUCGAAGCCCUUGAGGACCUCGCGCAUAUUUCAAAGGCUAGCAAUGCCAUCGAUGAGGCUGAGCAGCUCUACACACAGUCUGUCGACAUCAAGACGCGCACCCUUGGGCCUCAACACCCCAGCACCGCCCAUGCGAUCCAAAAGCUCGCCGUCAUCGACGACAUGCGCUGCCGCUACGCUGAAGCCCGCGUCAAGUACCACAGGGCCCUAGAUAUCAUGGCACCGACGCUGGGCCGCGCCCAUCCUGCGUACACGACGACGAUGGAGAACAUGGCACUCAGCGCGCGGUUUCAGGCAACCUCCAUAGCCGAGGACAACGGCAUUCGCUUUGAGCCACCUAAUGCUAGUGACAAAGACGGCAAUGUGUCACCCACAUCCGAUCCGCGAAACGCACCCGUCGCCGCAGCAUUUGAACUUGCCGAGUCGCUUUACCGAGAAAUCCUCGUCAUUAGGAUCGCCGCGCGUGACCUUUACUCGGACGAGCAGGUUUUGGCCACAGGGUCUAAGUUACGUGAGAUGUAUGAGAACGAGGACUUUUUCGCUGCGAGUCGGACGGAGAAGGUACUUGAGCUGUUGGAGAUGUUGAGGGAGGGGCGGCGAGAGGAGAACACGUAA